UGGAAUUCUGCCAAGUGCGAGUGACACUGACACCUCCAGAGCCUCAGCUAGUCGGAAUACAAGCUGCUCGCUCCCUCAACUACAUCCCUCCCCACCCCAAUCAACACUGCCAUUGACGCCGCCCACCACACCUGAGUCGAGCAUCGGCCCAUUGACCAGAGAGCUGUGGAUGCAAGCUACCAUUUGAUACCGGAAUCGCUGCGAAAAGCUCCUCUCGGUGUGCUGCACAACCGCCACAAUGUCCACCAAGGCCGCCGUAUCGUGAGUUCUUUUGCGCCCCUCGACGGGACUUGAGCACCUUGGAGGUGUGCUAAUGCUUCCCCAGAUCCCUCUAUCGCCGGUCAUUGAAGCUGGCCCUCAACUGGUCCGUCAGCCGACAUCUCUGGAGAGGACAAGCCAUGUACCUCCGAUCGUUAUUUGAUGCCCAAAAGGACAUUCGCGAUCCAAGACAACAGAAGGCAAGCUGCACGGCAACGACUGGAGUGGUCUCAAUCUAAUUAGGUGGUUUCUAGGCUCUGUUUCAAGAGGCAGAAGAUUUAUUGGAGAAGUGGAAGCACCCCGACCCAUACGCUCACCCAACAGCACCAGGAGGUAUGUUUGGUUCUUCGACUCGAUUGAUUGCCGAUAUUCUGCCAUGUAUGUUGGAGAAAUGCUGACUUUAUAUCAACAGGAUCCAAAUACGAGCGCAAUAUCCCUGCACCCCAUUUGGACCGUAAGUACUCUCUCUGUUGUAUACCAAAUUCGACUAAUUUAUUCUCUAGCCCCUCCUCACAUUCAGAAGUAGCUUAGAAGUGGAAAAGAUCGAGUGGGAAUCUGUAUAUGUACAUAGCAGGAGAAGCAAAUUACCAUGACAUUGCUCCGUUUUUGAUA